AUGGCAGAAAAAAACACGCCUCUUUUGGCUGUUCUACAGCUUCUAAGAAAAUAUAAUCUAAAAGGUACGGAAGAUAUUUUAAGGAAAGAAGCGAGCUUAGGUGAUGUUGAAUUUGAAAAUUUAGACCUUCCAGAAGUCGAGUUAGCGAGUAUUCUUACUUCGCAUCACACUGAGAGUGAUCCUUAUAGCUAUGAAUUUGCCUACGAUAACUUAAAGAAAUUCAUUGAGAAUUCUCUGGAUGUUUACAAGCAUGAAUUGUCAACACUUUUGUAUCCAGUGUUUGUUCAUAUGUAUCUGGCACUAAUAUUAUAUGACCAUAAUGAACAUGCUGCAAAUUUUUUGGAAAAAUUCGGAGUCGAGCAAGAAGAUUAUUACCAAGAUGAUUUAAAGCGGCUGUCUAUUGUCAAACAUAAGGACCAAAUCAAAGGGAAUGAGUUGGCUGAAAUUUACAGCACAAAUAAGUUUGUCGUACAACUGUCUAGAGAUGCAUCAUCACAGCUCAAACGUUUUCUCCAAGAACAGAAGAGCUCAACUGUAAUAAUCAACAUCAUAAAUAACCACAUUCAGGUAGAAGUACAUGACGGUCCUGGCAGAACGCAAGCUCAAGUACGAUCUACUACGGGUGGACUCCUUGGUGAAGCGACUAGAAAUGAAAAUCGUACAAAGGUAUACUAUGGGCUAUUAAAAGAACCUGACAUUCAAGUACUUCCGGCACCCGUGGAAGAUGAAGAAGAAGCAGAAGAAACACCUGAUAAGCCAAAAAAGAAAAAGGCAAAAAAAGAAAAUAUAUUUAUGAAAAAACCUAAAUCCGAUCCAAAUGCUCCUCCAAAUGAUAGAAUUCCAUUACCAGAACUAAAAGAAACGGACAAGAUCGAAAAGGGGAAAGCAAUAAGAGAAGCCUCCAAGCGUAUUCAACUGGGACCAGAGAGUUUACCAUCAAUUUGUUUCUACACACUGCUUAAUAGCGGUCACACUGCAAUUUGUACUGAUAUUUGUGAUGGCUCCACAUUACUUGCUGUAGGCUUUAGUAACUCCUGUAUUAAGGUGUGGACAUUGACUCCAGUAAAAUUGCGUGGAAUGAAGUCUGCAGAAAAGUUACUUGACAUUGACAGAGAAGCAGGUGAUGUACUUGUAAGAAUGAUGGAAGAGAGAGAUAGAGACACAUGUCGAUCUCUGUAUGGGCAUUCCGGUCCGGUCUACAAAGUAGCUUUUGAUCCUUUCAAAACAAUGCUGCUGUCAGCUUCUGAAGAUUCCACUGUGAGAUUGUGGUCCCUCCAAUGCUGGACUUGUUUGGUGGUAUACAGAGGUCAUGUGUGGCCAGUUUGGGAUGUACGCUGGUCUCCGCACGGCCACUACUUUGUAACCUCUGGACAUGAUCGCACUGCACGGCUGUGGGCAACUGAUCAUCAUCAACCUCUACGGAUCUUUUCGGGACAUUUAUCGGAUGUUGACUGUGUCCAGUUUCAUCCAAACUCCAAUUAUGUGGCUACUGGUUCUAGUGAUAGAACAGUGCGCCUGUGGGAUUGUUUAACAGGAACACAAGUUCGAAUUAUGACUGGUCAUAAGUCUACAAUAUUUACUUUAGCAUUUUCUGUUUGCGGGCGAUGGCUCGCCUCAGGCGGUAAUGGUGAACUCAUAGUAUGGGAUAUUUCUACCGGUACACCUGGUGCCAUAUUGCCACCUUUACACACUGCUCCUAUCCAUGCAUUGGCCUUCAGUCGUGAUGGCACCAUUUUGUCUUCAGGGUCUUUGGAUUGUAGCAUAAAAUUAUGGGAUUUCAAUGCUAUCACGGAAGAAGCUAAUGGUGAAGAAGUCAGUUCUACUAACAAUGCUGUACAAAAGGAGGACAAAUAUUUGUUGCGUUCAUUUGCCACCAAAAAUUCGCCUAUUAAAGGUCUACAUUUCACCCGACGCAACCUUCUGCUUGCUGUAGGUUCCUAUGAAGGAAGUUCAUGA